UAUGUUCUCAAAUCGCGAGCAGCUUCGGUCGUGAACGGACGUGCUUUCGCAGUGAACUCGGAAUCGGUGUCGCGAAACAAAAGAAUAUUGGCAACAAACUUGUUUGAAUCAAAUGGCCAAACGCAAAUAUCCGCAAAGGGCAGCAGGAUAAAUUUAUUGGCCAGUGAAGUGAGCCCGGCACGUGCUAAUCGAAAAUGCAGAAAUUAUACUAAGAGCUGAUAGGUAGGCACAUCUCAUUCCAAACGUGGUCAGUGGUCACGAAACGAGGAAAGAGCAACAAAACCUAAAAUCACAAACCGAAGACAUCAAAGUACACAAGAAUUUGAAGCCACUGCAAUGCGUAGGAGGCGUGGCACGCCCCUGGGCGUCAGCUGGACGAACUGCGUCCUGCUCCUGGCCACCGGUCUGCUGGUGGUGCUCAUUUCGGUGCACGCCAAGAACCCCAGGCCACAUCGAGGUCUACCCGCCCCAGCUCCCGCACCUGUUCCUGCAUCCGUGGAUCAGGUGGCAACUGAAAAUGACCAUAGGCGGGAACCCACCGUCGAUGGCAGUGUACUUCAACGGCUAUCGGGUUCGGAUAGGGCUGUUGACGCGGACGAGGAUGUCGAUGAGGAUGGGGACGAGGGGCUGAAGCACCAGCACCUCGAGCAUCGGCAACAAUUCGACGCAUAUCUGGGCACAAUCCGCCGGCUGCGUCGUCCCUACCGCAGCAAAUACACCAUCGAGCAGCUGAUGCGGCUGCAUGUGACACCAAAGGUAUCCGAAGACAUUGACAUGGAUCCCUGCAAGGCCGGCGGUUUCAUGGGCGACAUUGCCCUGCCGGAGGGUGAUUCCGGCCCGGUGGUUGCCCACACGCCCAUCGACGACGAGGAGCAGGAGCGACAGGAGGUGGAGCAGCUGCUGGCUGACUCGCCCAGUCCGGUUCAUGACCCCGCUUCCGUUUCCGGUGCGGCCAACUCGGGGCCGACCAAGUUCAAUGCCACCUUCCAGCUGGAUCUGGAGAAGCUCAAGCAGGAGGUCUACCACGAGGGCCUCCAGGUGGAGGAGGAGGGCCUCACCGACAUCAUCCGCAAGAAGACCAAGCUGCCCAGCUCAGGUCCGGUCAACCUGAAGGCAGGACAAAGCCAGUCACAGAGUCAGAGUGCCAAUGAACCUGUGAAGCCCGGCUCGGAAUCUCCCUCCGAUUACGCGCAGGCAUCCAGCUACAAGAAUGAGGUACUGCCUCCGUCGGAGCAGCGAAUCCAUGCGGACAAGCCAGCACGGCUGACGCUGGCCGAGAUUGGACCCAAGUCCAGCAACAAGACGCAGUCGCUGCACCGCAAUGUGGACACACGCAAGAUUCAGUCGGACAACAAGGACAUCGAGGACGAUUCGGGCAACAAUUUUGUGGCCGAGAGGAGGCCAUCACAGAUUGUGCCCACUUCCUUGCCGGAGCAGCGAUCCACUCCGGCUCACGUGUACAGCAAUGCCGGAGGCAAUGGCAUGCAGCUGGACGACGAGGUGGACUUCUUGCAUUCCCGUGGAGUGGUGAGGAGGCGUCACAGGCGAGGACCGAAACAGCGCAGGAGCAACCAGCACUUGGAGCACGAGGCCAAGCUGCAAAGAUUGAAGGAGGAGCUCAGUCGUCCGGUCAUCGAGGGCCACCACCGCCAGUCGCACCACCAAAAGCAGGCGCAGCACCGCCAGCACCACCAGAGCCACCAUCGAAAGAAGCACCGUCGACAGCAGCAGCAUCAUCGUCGUCGUGGCCAGAGCACCACGCAAUAUGUGAACCAUUCUCCGCCAGGAUUCAAUCAAUCGCAACAGGCCCAGCAGCAGUCAGUGCCUGAAAUGGAUUUGCUGAAAGCGGAAGCACCCAAGGAUGAGGAGCCACUGCGUCAUCGGGUGGCUCGUGCUGUCACCGCCAAAAAGGAACGCAUCUGGGACUAUGGCGUGAUUCCGUACGAGAUCGAUGGCAACUUCAGUGGCAUCCACAAGGCGCUUUUCAAACUGGCCAUGCGCCACUGGGAGAACUCCACGUGCAUCAAGUUUGUGGAACGCGACCCGGAGAUCCAUCCCAAUUACAUAGUCUUCACGGUUCGCAGUUGCGGAUGCUGCUCAUUUGUGGGUAAACGUGGCAAUGGACCGCAGGCCAUCUCAAUUGGUAGAAAUUGCGACAAGUUUGGCAUUGUGGUCCAUGAGUUGGGUCACGUAGUGGGCUUCUGGCACGAGCACACCCGUCCGGAUCGGGAAAAGCACGUGGUGAUCGAGCAUAACAACAUCAUGAAGGGCCAGGACUAUAACUUCAACAUGCUAUCCCCCGACGAAGUGGACUCGCUGGGCAUGGCCUACGACUAUGACUCGAUUAUGCACUACGCGCGAAACACCUUUUCCAAGGGUACCUACCUGGACACCAUCUUGCCCAUCGAGAUGAAGGGUCGCAAGCGUCCCGAGAUUGGCCAGCGGUUGCGUCUCAGCCAGGGUGACAUUGCUCAGGCGAAUCUGCUGUACAAGUGUCCAAAGUGCGGAAGAACCUUCCAGGAGAGUUCCGGCAUCUUUGCCUCACCAUCUCAUUACACGGCCGGAGCUUUGAGCAAUGAGACGGAGCACUGCGAGUGGCGGAUCACAGCGACUUACGGAGAAAGGGUGGAACUGAAACUGGAGGAUAUGAACAUCUUCAAGUCAAACAACUGCGAGACGGACUAUUUGGAGAUUCGGGAUGGAUACUUCGAGAAAUCGCCGCUCAUCGGGCGCUUCUGCGGCAAGGUGGACAAGGAGGUGAUCCGCACGGAGUCCAGUCGCAUGCUGCUCACCUAUGUGAAUACACACCGCAUCGAGGGCUUCAGGGGCUUCAAGGCGGAGUUUGAUGUUGUUUGCGGUGGCGAGUUGUCCGUGGACGAUGCCGUUGGCCGUUUGGAGUCGCCCAACUAUCCACUGGACUAUUUGCCCAACAAGGAAUGUGUGUGGAAAAUAACUGUGCCCGAUAGCUACCAGGUGGCGUUGAAAUUCCAGUCCUUCGAGGUGGAGAACCACGACAGCUGUGUCUACGACUACGUCGAGGUCCGGGACGGUCCUGGCCAGGAUGCGCCGCUAAUUGGCGUUUUCUGUGGCUACAAGCCGCCGCCGAACAUGAAGUCAAGUGGCAAUUCGAUGUACGUGAAAUUCGUGUCGGACACAUCGGUGCAGAAGGCGGGCUUCUCGGCCGUGUUCAUGAAGGAGGUGGACGAGUGCGAGACCCAGAACCACGGCUGCGAGCACGAGUGCAUCAACACCCUCGGUGGCUACGAGUGCAGCUGCCGCAUCGGAUUCGAGCUCCACAGCGACAAGAAGCACUGCGAAGAUGCCUGUGGCGGCGUCAUCGAGUAUCCAAAUGGCACCAUCACUUCGCCCUCGUUUCCCGAGACGUACCCUCUGCUGAAGGAGUGCAUCUGGGAGAUUGUGGCGCCACCGAAGCACAGAAUAUCGCUGAACUUCACCCACUUCGACCUGGAGGGCACGGCGCAUCAGCAAUCGGACUGUGGCUACGAUUCGGUCACAGUGUACUCAAAGCUGGGCGAGAAUCGUCUGAAGAGGAUCGGCACCUUUUGCGGCUCCAGCAUUCCGCCUACGGCCACCUCCGAGAGUAAUGCGUUGAGACUGGAGUUCCAUUCGGACAAGUCCAUCCAGAGAUCAGGCUUCGCAGCCGUCUUCUUCACAGACAUCGACGAGUGUGCCGUGAAUAAUGGUGGGUGUCAGCACGAGUGCCGGAACACCAUUGGAUCCUACAUCUGCAUGUGCCACAACGGGUACUCCAUGCACGAGAAUGGCCACGACUGCAAGGAGGGCGAGUGCAAGUACGAGAUCUCCGCCCCCUUCGGCUCCAUCUUCAGUCCCAAUUACCCGGAUUCCUAUCCCCCAAAUGCGGACUGCGUGUGGCACUUCAUAACAACGCCGGGGCACCGCAUCAAGCUGAUUUUCAACGAGUUCGACGUGGAGUCUCAUCAGGAAUGCACCUACGACAACGUGGCAGUUUACGAUGGGGAAUCCGAGUCCAGUUCGGUCCUGGGUCGCUUCUGCGGGGAUAAGAUUCCCUUCCCCAUCUCCUCCACCAGCAACCAGAUGUACAUGGUGCUCAAGACGGACAAGAACAAGCAGAAGAACGGGUUCACGGCCUCCCACUCCACGGCCUGUGGGGGCUACUUGCGUGCCACCAGCCAGGUGCAGCAGUUCUACUCGCACGCCCGGUUCGGGAACCAGGACUACGACGACGGCAUGGACUGCGAGUGGACCAUCGCGGCACCGGACAACAGCUACGUCCAGCUCAUAUUCCUCACCUUCGACAUCGAGAGCAGCGAGAACUGCACCUUUGACUACGUGCAGGUGUUCUCUGACAUAGACGAUGUGUACGGACAGUAUGGACCCAUGUACGGACAGUACUGUGGCAAUGUGCUGCCUCAGGACAUCAACUCCAUGACCCAUUCUCUGCUGGUUCGCUUUAAGACCGACAGUUCGGUGCCGAUGAAGGGCUUCUCCGCCUCGUAUGUGGCCGUUCCCAAUUCUGGGGAGUAUGACCACUCGGAUGAGGAUGUGGAGAACUCGUACAGCUCCGAGAUGGUCACCCCGUUUCCGGGCUCACUGAAGAGCAUCUACAUCGAGGACACGCAGGAGGAGACCGACGAGUACAGCGACUUCAGCGGCAAUCAACUGGUCUUGAAUGGGCAGUAUCGUGGUCGAUAUAGUCUGCCCAAUCGGUACUACUCCGGAAAGGCAUAGGGCGAUGGUGGAACCACUGACCGUGCGCCAAAAUACAUGACAAUAUAUUAAAACGGAAUUUAUUUAACAGAU